AUGGCCGCCCCCAUAACCACCGUCGCCGAGAGCAAAGAGCUCAGAGGCCUCAACCUCAUCGCAGCGCACUCGCACAUUCGCGGCCUAGGCGUCGAGCCUGACACGCUCGAGCCCAAGGCCGCGUCGCAGGGCCUUGUUGGUCAGGAAAAAGCGCGCAAAGCUGCCGCCGUAAUACUGCAGAUGGUCAAGGACGGCAAGAUUGCUGGUAGGGCCGUCUUGAUCGCCGGACCGCCCAGCACUGGCAAGACGGCUAUUGCCAUGGGUAUGGCUCAGUCGCUGGGCGCCGACGUGCCGUUCACCAUGCUCGCGUCGUCCGAGAUCUUCUCGUUGGAAAUGUCCAAGACGGAGGCUCUCACUCAGGCUUUCCGCAAGUCCAUUGGCGUGAGGAUAACCGAAGAGAGCGAGGUGAUUGAAGGCGAGGUCGUGGAGAUUCAGAUUGACAGGAGCGUGACGGGUAGCAACAAACAAGGCAAGCUCACGAUCAAGACGACCGACAUGGAGACGGUCUACGACAUGGGCACCAAGAUGAUUGAUUCCAUGACCAAGGAAAAGGUCAUGGCGGGAGACGUCAUCUCCAUCGACAAGGCGUCGGGCAAGAUCACGAAGCUGGGCCGGUCGUACACGCGUUCGCGCGACUACGAUGCCAUGGGCGCCGACACCAAGUUUGUACAGUGCCCGGACGGCGAGUUGCAGCAGCGGCGCGAGGUGGUGCACACGGUCAGUCUGCACGAAAUCGAUGUCAUCAACUCGCGCACACAGGGCUUCCUGGCGCUCUUCUCGGGCGACACGGGCGAGAUACGGCAAGAGGUGCGGCAGCAGAUCAACACCAAGGUGGCCGAGUGGAAAGAGGAGGGCAAGGCGGAGCUGGUUCCGGGCGUGCUGUUCAUCGACGAGGUGCACAUGCUCGACAUUGAGUGCUUCAGCUUCGUCAACCGCGCGCUCGAGGACCAGCUCGCGCCCAUCGUCAUCAUGGCCAGCAACCGCGGCACCACGAAAAUCCGCGGCACCGACUACACGAGUCCGCACGGGCUGCCGCUCGACUUCCUCGACCGCGUCGUCAUCGUGUCGACGCACGCGUACCAGCCCGACGAGAUCCGCCAGAUUCUCGCCAUCCGCGCCCAGGAGGAGGAGAUUGACCUCUCGCCCGACGCGCUGGCCCUCCUCACCAAGGUCGGCCAGGAGACGAACCUCCGCUACGCCAGCAACCUCAUCACGACCUCGCACCUGCUGGCGCAGAAGCGCAAGGCGGCCGAAGUCAGCAUCGACGACGUCCAGCGCGCGUACCUGCUCUUCUACGACCAGGACCGCAGCGCAAAGUUUGUCGCAGAGUUUGAAAAACGCCUCAUUGGCGGCUCAGGCGCAGUCACGCUGUCUGUGCCCAACGGCGGCGGCGACGACAUGGAACUGUCGUAA